GCAACCUCCUUGCCCAUUUUGGCAUCCUUCCAGGGCGCCUCUUUCUCAGACAUAACCUCACCUCCACGCUUCAGAUCCAAGCGUUGUUUCCCCGACAGUUUUCCUCAACACCAGCCAAACAACGAAGGAAUACACGAUGACGACGUUAACCGAAUUUCACCUCUUUCGCUACUUCCCGGAGGAGAUAAGGUUCAUGAUCUGGACCCUCGCCCUUCGACCACUUGAUCGCCCAGGCGUUCACAUUUUCGACGUCGUGGAGACAAUCACACAACUGGACCGCGAGAACCAUCCUCACCUUCCACGACUGAUUGGGCCGGGGUACAGUGAUCUAUGGGGUCUAUUUGUCCCUCCAUCUUUGCUACCCCAACCAACAUGGACACCUCCACUGAAUUACCGUUGCAGUUGGGUGUCUUCUUUAUCUACCUACGUGGUUCCCGGGAAUGUCAACCUCAGGGCCAUGACGCCUCAUUCCUAUGCCUUUGCAUCGCCAUUAUCCAGCAGGAAAAAGCCGGACGUCUGCUCAACAUAUCUCCUAGACGGCGGACUGUGGACCGCUUGCAAGGAGUCACGCAGGGCCAUCCAACAGGCUUUUGGCUCCCGCAAAUUGAACAAGCCCUUUACCACGGCCUUGUAUCGAGGCAACGACUCCAGACGCCGCCAUGCUUUCACCGUGUUCCAGGGACGAGACCUCUUCAUCUAUCGACCAAUCCACAAGGAUCGCCAAGGCUUUCUCGCUCCUGGAUGGGAGCCAGCUACCAUCUUCAAGCCCGUUUCCAGAUGGGGACGAGUUCUCUGUGGCGAACCGAACAGACUCCGGGGACAUUACCAGCCCAACUACCGCCAGCUGGAUAAGCUGGGCCAUUACCAGGAUCAUAUGGCCAUCGAAUGGGAUUCAUCCUGGGUUUUCGAUGAUGCUGCGUUCGAGGAACUCACGAGGGGUCUGAUAUCUACCUCGCUGCAACGGGGUCGUAUCUGGUUUGUUGACUAUGGGCUCAGGCCGAUAAGCGAGAACUUUGCGCUCAGCAACCUCGACGUGGCGUGGAAAAAGAAGAAGGGGGGAACGAGCGAGGUCUUUGAGGAUGCGCAAGGGGGUCGUUAUGUGGAGGUGUAUUUUAGCAAAAUCCGUCUCGAUCUACACACGGGCGAGCGCAUAAGCAGCGAGAUUUUUGAUGGUACAGGGUUUUUUGUGUCCCCGGACGGAAGUCUGAAGAUAUUGGAGCCGUUGCUUCGGAGAGACCUGCCGGAGUUGUUGGCGGAGAGAUUGAGGUUAUCGGGAGAGGGCAUUGGUGGUGAAAAGAACUGGGCGCAGUGGGGGAUCCUCGCGUACCUGCCUCCGGGGUUUGAGGAAGGCAAACAACGGCCGAAUGCAUCGCCCAGAACAGGAAGGCAAGAAACUGUAAAGGAGAGGAUGGAGCGCCUUGGGCCGCGCUUCUGGUUGCUGGGUUAAUUGGCUGAAGGAAGCGGUCAUGGCGAGCGGGAGCAGGAAGCAGUGGCUGUGUUGAAGUGAUAGACUUCCCCAUCUGCUUAUGUCAUCCGUUUUUCUGGGUAUUUGCACUAACAGCUGACCACAAUGUUUCCCCAUGUUUAAGAUGGUGCUCUAUCUUAGUGCGUCAUUUGCUCAAAUUCAAGGCUGUCAGUCACCUC